UUUUGAUAUUUGAUUUCAAAUUCGCCUUCAAGCUUAGGACAACUCCACCAUCUUUCUCCUUCUCAUACACACAAUUAUUUCUUCAUAUUCCCUUUAAUAGCUAAACGCAUAUUUCCGUUUGAUGCCAUCAUGGCGAAUGUGGCAUCUUCAGCACUGAGACAGGCUUCACGCCUCGCUCUAAAACAGUCUGUCGCAUCAACUCCUCUACGAGGACUUCCGUCCAUAUCAAAAGCAGCAGGUGUAACUGCCGCGCAGGUCGUCCGAAGGGGCUAUGUGUCGGAAACUAAACGCGAUAAUGCUCAGGUCAAUGUCGAGACGGCUAUCAGGUUAGACAAGAAGGACUUCAUGAAUGAGAAGGGAGAGCUUGUCAUGCCAGGUUCCGACAAUCUCACAAACGGUACAGUUAGCCCCAUGGCCGAAGUGCUAAAGGAGGCAACCGUUUUAGAGGAAGGUCAACGGCCUAUCUAUCUAGAUAUGCAAGCUACGACACCCGUCGAUCCUAGAGUUCUAGACGCUAUGCUGCCAUUCUUCGUUGGCGUCUACGGCAAUCCCCACUCUCGAACACACGCAUACGGCUGGGAAAGUGAAAAGGCCGUUGAGGAAGCGCGAGCGCACGUUGCUAAGUUGAUCGGUGCGGAUCCUAAGGAAAUCAUAUUCACUAGUGGCGCAACCGAAAGCAAUAACAUGAGCAUCAAGGGUGUGGCGAGAUUUUUUGGCCGGUCUGGCAAGAAGAACCACAUCAUCACAAGCCAAACAGAGCACAAGUGUGUUCUUGACAGUUGUCGACAUCUUCAGGAUGACGGGUUUGAAGUCACAUACCUACCGGUCCAAAGCAAUGGCUUGAUCGACUUAAAGGAACUAGAGGCUGCAAUUCGACCAACAACGGCACUUGUUAGCAUCAUGGCUGUGAACAAUGAGAUUGGUGUUAUUCAACCUCUGGAAAAGAUUGGCAAACUAUGCCGCGAGAAGAAGGUUUUCUUCCAUACUGAUGGGGCCCAGGCUGUAGGCAAAAUUCCCUUAGAUGUCAACGCGAUGAAUAUCGACUUGAUGUCGAUCUCCUCACACAAGAUCUACGGCCCUAAGGGUAUUGGCGCUUGCUACGUCCGGAGACGACCGCGUGUGAGGUUAGAGCCUAUCAUCAGCGGCGGUGGCCAGGAACGUGGCCUACGCAGUGGAACUCUUGCGCCGCCUCUGGUAGUAGGAUUUGGUGAGGCCUGCCGCAUCGCUCAAGAAGAGUUACAAUAUGACUCGAAACGUAUCAAGGCAUUGUCCGAUCGGCUGCUGAAGGGACUUUUGGCCUUAGAGCAUGCGACUCAAAACGGUUGCCCCGAAAGCUUCUAUCCUGGAUGUGUCAAUGUCUCCUUCGCAUAUGUCGAGGGCGAGUCGCUUCUUAUGGCUCUGAAGGAUAUUGCGCUGUCAUCAGGCAGUGCUUGCACAUCUGCUUCGCUAGAGCCAAGUUACGUCUUGAGGGCACUUGGCAACAGUGAUGAGAGCGCACACAGCAGCAUCAGGUUCGGCAUUGGUCGAUUCACUACAGAACAGGAAAUCGAUUACGUCCUCAAAGCCGUUCAGGAAAGAGUCACCUUCCUUCGAGAAUUAAGUCCCCUAUGGGAGCUCGUACAGGAGGGCAUCGACUUGAAUACAAUUCAAUGGAGCCAGCACUGAUAAUGUCAUUGACCCCUCUGGAUACCGAACUCUUUAAUCCUAGUCGCAUCUAAGGAAAAGAGGUCUUAUCAUUUGUGGAUGAAUACGUCGAACUAGGCUCUAUGCCUGGGUACUUAUUUCACAAUCGCUUUUGGACGCCGAGGACGAUAGUAUCCUCUCACUUGUAAUUUUAGGAGUUAGGGCGGUUUAUCGUGUACUUCGCCGCUUACUUGCGAGCACGCAUGCGGUUCCGGGUCGCAUAUGGAAUGCAAUUAUUUUUAGGGAGGGCCACUGGAAAAUUCAGCGGGCAUACUUGUCUCAACGAUACCAAAUGAAAUGGCAUGCUGAAUAUGAGUUCACGAGUAAAUUAGUUUCCGGUUGAGAUAGUCGUGAUAUGUACAGGUCUUUCAAUACGAUGUCAUAUUUUUGAUGCAUUUGGAUUGGGGCUGUCUUAGGCUCUAUUAUCAGGACUGGUACCUAAUAAACACAUUUUGUGUGUUGGUUAACUAUACCAAAGAAAAACUACGAGGAGUAUCGCUAGAAUAGAGAUCAAGAACUCGCCAGUAUACCAUAUAAACCAAUUUUAUUUUAGUAAUUACAAGACAGUCUGAGC